AUGUCUGCUAUCCAAUUCUCGGUCGACAGACCAUUUGGUGUCUAUCUCUAUGAUUAUUUCGACAUGGUUUAUACCGCCAUUGUCGGUAAAUCCGCCAACGACUUUGCCUUUGUCGAAGGUGAGACACCUUUGUCGACCACUCCACAAGUGGUGGUUGGCUGUAUCACCUACUUGAUGGUUAUCUUUGGUGGCCAGUUCAUGUUGCGAGAUUCUCCACGUUACCAUCCCAAGUUUAUCUUCCAGUUGCACAACUUUUUGCUCACAUUUGUCUCGGCCGCCUUGUUGCUUCUCUUGGUUGAACAAUUGAUUCCUCAGCUCGUAAACCAUGGCUUUUAUUAUACCAUUUGUUCCUCGGAAGCAUGGACACAAAAGCAUGAGCUCUUGUAUUAUCUCAAUUAUCUCGUCAAGUGGUGGGAAUUGGCGGACACAGUCUUUUUGGUCUUGAAGAAGAAGAAACUUGAAUUCCUCCAUUACUUUCAUCACAGCAUGACCAUGGUCCUCUGCUACACUCAACUUGUUGGACGUACUACGGUGUCGUGGGUUCCCAUCGUACUUAAUUUGACGGUUCACGUGUUCAUGUACUACUACUACUUCCGUACUGCAUCCGGCCACAAGAUCUGGUGGAAGCAAUACCUUACUGGCAUGCAAAUCACUCAAUUUAUUAUCGACUUGUUCAUCAUCUACGGCUGCACCUAUACAUUCUAUGCUGAUAAGUAUGCUCCCCAUCUUCCCAACUUUGGCUCUUGCUCUGGUGGUGAAGGCGCUGCUUGGUUCGGAUGUGCUCUCUUGAGCUCGUACUUGCUUUUGUUCAUCAACUUUUACGGCAAAACAUACAAAAAGGGCGCUGCUGCAGCAAAGAAGGCUCCUGUUGCUAAUGGCAACGGUGCUGGUGCAAAGAAGAGCAAGAAGAUUUAG